UUAGGGAUCAAGCGUCCUUCUCCUCGAGUGACUAGCAGCGCUGUAGCCGGUUGUGCAAGCGACGGGUCCCGGGGGCAGCGCCUAGUAAGCACUAAUCCGAGCGCUUGCGCGACGCGCUUUUCCAGGGGUGACAUUGUUGAUCUCGCUCUGCUGAGUCUGCUCAGAUAUUUUUGCUUGCUGCCUGCUGUUUGGAUAUUUUACGCUCCUCAUUCAUUGCCAACCCCGAAUCCUGACAAGAGAAACGCAAGUUCUAUCAACAGUCAUGGAUAACAUGGGCUCAACAUUCCUGCAACUGCCACCAGAGCUGAUUGAGGCCAUUGCUGCGGCCACCGAGGGAUCGGACUUGCUGGCGCUGCGCCUCACAUCAACCGAAGUCGCCAAGAAUGUGGACAAGAUCUUCGUCCAACGAUAUUUCACCCAUCGAAGGCAUCUGGUCACGAAGGCAUCCUUUGAAGCGUUACUCAACAUUACCGAUAGUCAAAGAUUGUGCCGCAAGCUGAAAACGAUCGAGUUCGUGGUCACCAACGUGUCGCCUUCGAUCGUCGGUUCAACUGGCCAUGGUGUGGCCGCUUGUAUCCAGGAUGACUGCCAGCGAUCAAUCUGGAGCUCAUGGGACUCAGAAUAUGAAGGAGAGUUCAGUGGCCGGUCGGACGUGGCGAUGCUUGCAGGAUCGCUUGCCAACCUCGCCCAUGUUGGAGUCAUUCCAGAACUCAAAGUUUGCACACACUCUCACUUCUCGCCCGUAUCUUACGGCUUCCGUCAGCUCGUGGAGCAUCUGAGCAGCACCGGAAAGUCAAGCAUUAAGAACGAAUUCCUGUUGCUUGGCCGUUCUCCAGACGACAAUGGCGAGACCGCUUCGUUGCUCUUGUCUGCCAUCGCUGAAGCGCAAUUCCCAGUACGCACACUCUGCCUGUCCGACAAGAAAGCUCCCCUGAGCCACGGUUCAAUGACUCGUAUUGCGAGAAGCGUCAAAUCGCUCAGCUCAGCCUUGUCACAACUGGAAUCGCUCGCCGUGAGCCUGGGAUGCGUGCACAAUUUGACGCUGCAGGAUAUCAUCACAAUGGCAGAAAUCACACGUUCGAUGCCUUUGCUGCGGAAGUUGAGCCUGGAGUUCAGUGAAAACUGCUGCAGAGUUCAAAAAUCUUUCCUACCACCGAGCAUUCUGGGCGUCUUCACUGCUAGUGCACUGGAAGAGAUUCACUUGACUGGAGCCAUCUUGAGACAGCAGGAUCUCUGCGCUUUCUUGGCGAGGCAUCAGGACUCUCUGAGAGCAUUGACCCUGCGCCAUCUCUCCAUCGGUCCAUGGGACAAGUUUGCAGCCGUCUUCGAUUGGAUGCAACAAACGCUCCACUUGGAUGCCUUGGUCCUGCACUGGCUGCGACAAGGUUACGAUCACAUGGACGAGGCUAUUGGUCGCGGCUCGCAAUACUCGUUCAAUGGACGUGCGGAGGUCGUUGCUGGACUCCAGGAGCUGUCGCGGUCGGUAACAUUCGGAGACCCACCAAGCCACGCAUUCCAGCCUGUGGAGCAGAAACCCGCUGCCCAAGCGAUGGUCGCAUGAUAAAGAGGCAUGGCAAACACGUCAAGUUGCUCAUGCGUAUAAUUGUACCGACCUCGGCAAUAAUUGCUGCGAAAGUUGCGUAGCCGGUCGCCGAAGACGGAGGCGGGGUGUUCUGGUUGGAUUGCAUCUUCAGCAAUUCAGUUCCUCUUCAGCCACUGUAUCACACAGACCAAGCUCGAUUGGUCGUCAUUGGAGUCAUAUUCUAAUUCCAGCAAAACAACAAUGCCUGCAAACAAUGUGAAUGGUUCUACGGUGAACCCUCCGGCCACGCA